AUGGCCGAAGCCGCGGAACCAACCAUGGACUGCAACCUGCCGGAGCUGCUGGCUCAGGACCUUGAGUUCUCUGCCCUCAUCUUCGCCGCCAAGAACAUGACUGCCGGCGCGCCCUCGCCUGCUCUCGCCUCAGAUGAAGAUGACUGGCACGACACCGCCGAACCUCCUACAGUCCUUGGCGCACCAUGCCAUCCCAAUGGGAUAGCUCAGUUCCAGCCUCUGGGUGCUAUCGACGAGAAGAGCUCGGCCAGCGAUGCGAGCCAUCAUGACAUUUCAGACGCCGCUUCAAGCUCAAGCGGUGACUCCUUUAGCAUGACCGGGGGUGACCUCGACGGCGAAGACGACGCUGCGGAGUCACCGCACAUCCGCCAACAUUCUGUUCUCACUGCAGACACCACCAUUUCGGCCUCGAGCCAGCCCGUGGUCGCGUCAUCUUCAUCACAAAAACGAGUCGUCUCCUUCGGAGGCGAAGCAGACGGAAGCUUGGAGAGCUGGAUGGACUUUGAGCCAGACGCGCCGGCGGAUCAUCCCGAGCUCGGCAAGAGCCUAGUCCAAUCGCCCGUUUUGACACCCAUCAAGCCGGUGCGGCCGCUAUCCCGACUAGGCGACCGGUCCAUCAACGAAUCACCGCCCCGGGCCAAGAGCGCCAGUGCCGCAGCCACUACGCGCCGGCUGUCCAACCCGUUUGAGGGUUACACCCGGCCCACCAGCCGGGCCCGGAGUCUCCAUCUAGACCCUACGGCGGCGGCCGUGGCUGCUGCCGCCAAGGAGCAGAACCGUCAUUCGAUCCAUUCGGUUCACUCACUUCACUCCGUCGACAUCGCCGUGCCCACGCGUUGCUCAUCGCUAAAACAUCGCGUCUCAUUCACCGAUGACGCCCGCAAGGCCAUCUCUACUCGUUCUCGAUCGCGUUCGCAUGCGUCUUCGCGACAUGUGCAACCCGAUCACAUCGUCGCGCCGGGAACGGAUCGUAGCUCUAUUAUCUCCGAUCUCAAAGAGGAACUGGAGCCAUGGUUCCGUUACCUCGAUGCGCAUGACACGCCAACGCCAACUCCUCGUCAGGGCCUGGCUUCCCCUUUACUCGUGACACCGCGUCCGACCUCCCGCUCCGGCGCCGCUGGUCCUUCAAGAGCAUACACCACCCCGACUCCUCGUCCUCGAUCCCAGGCUCAAACAAGGUCUCGGCCUGCGUCGUCUCUCAGCACAUCCUAUACCUGGCUCGAGGACCCGAUCGACAUCCCACCUCCUCCCUCGGACGACCAAAGCCGCCGUAUUCCCCUUCCUCCCAACGUGAUGGAAUCGUUGCGCGUCUCCGUGACAUGCUUCCCCGAGACAACGCUCCUCUGCUCCAGCCUUUCCAUCGAGACGAUCCGUAGCUACUCCCGCAAGGUCAGACAACCAGCCGCUCCGGAAACUCUCCGCCCAGACACCCCACCCGCGUCCCCGAAACGCUGGCGCUGGCUCAGCUCCCGCCGCACCUCCAAUCUCAACCGCCGCUGCUGCUCCCGCGGCGCAUCCUCCUCCAACCUCGAUCUCCCCUCCUCUGCCUCGCUAUCGCCGUCAAUGGCUACCCUCGCUGCUCCACCCCAGUGGUCCCGGAUUCGCAGCGUCUUCCCCCAAGGGUCAGAUUGGCUCUGUGACGCCCUCUACGCCCACAUUGUCGCGUACAACUACCUCGCGCCCAUGGUUCAGAACAGUACGACACAGUCGCAGCCGAGACCACCCACACCUGCUAGCCCCAGCAGCAGCAGCAUUAUCACGGACGAUUCUAUCCCCAAAAAGGCCGCCACCUUACUCGGCCUUCAGGGCAUGCAAGGGAUGCAGGACAUGACGACAUCGCCACCGCCGCCAAAGCCCUUGCGGAAGCGAUCCAGCAUGUUUCUCGGCCUCCGAACCUGCUCGGCGUCACGACAGAGUCAGAUUCCAACGCCGGCUGCUGCUGCUGCUGCUGUGCCAACAAUGACGCCGGCGGCACACCCGGCUGCGGUCUCUGAUGUCCCCCUUCGGGAGCUGCAGCAGGGACUGUCGCGGUGUAUCGCGCACUUGGUGACGACGUUGCGCGCCGGGGGAUCCGGCAGGUCCAUGGUGGGAGGUGACCUGAUCAACGAGGUUGAUCCGCUCGUCAUGCGAUCUCUGUGCGAGAUUGUCAAGUGCUGCGAGGAGUCGCCGAGCACGACGAAUGAUCGGUCUUUGUAA